AUGGCAUCUCGACGAGCUAUUCUGCCCCUGCGCAGCCUGCUGAACCGGCAAUGCGCAGGUGCUGUGCGCCAGCAACAGCGAGCAUCGAGCUCAUCCUCAACACAAGCACUCGCCUACAAAGCUCUGCACCGCCGAAUCGCCCCUUUGCCUACCGAAGAGCGUCCUCCCGCCUGGUCCGCGCCGGCUGCCGUCAGCAACAUCCUCUACGAGACGCCUGUGCCAUCCCAGAUCCCCCCGAAGCGUCAUAUCCUCAACUGCUUGGUGCAGAACGAGCCUGGUGUGCUUUCUCGCGUCUCUGGAAUUCUGGCUGCCCGCGGCUUCAACAUUGACAGCUUGGUGGUAUGCAAUACCGAGGUGGACGAUCUCUCUCGCAUGACUUAUUGUGCUGCAAGGCACGCCGCCAGCUUGAGGACCUUGGUGCCGGUGUGGGCCGUGUUGGACUACACUGAGUCACCACUAGUUCAGCGCGAACUGCUCCUCGCCAAGAUCUCCAUUCUCGGCCCCGAGUACUUCGAGGAGCUGCUUGCUCACCACCGAGAAAUGGCCCAGAUGCCAGAGCCCGAGGAGGAGCUGUCGGAGGGAGACCGUGAUGCUUUGGCGCAAGAGGCCGCUCGCGAGUCUUUGAGGAGGGAUUUCCACCCGUCGAACCUGGCAGUCAGUCAAGCGCUCCGACACAAGCACGAACAUCUCCGAGCUAUCACCUUCAUGACCCACCAGUUCGGCGGAAAGGUCUUGGACAUCAGCACCAACAACUGCAUUGUUGAGAUUUCUGCAAAGCCUACCAGGAUCGACUCUUACAUGAAGCUGAUUGCGCCCUUUGGCAUCCUUGAGUCUGCGCGGACAGGUCUUAUGGCGCUGCCGCGCUCACCGCUGCACGGAACCGACGACAUCGAGACUAAGGAAGCGGAGGACAUUGUGGACAGCAGCUUGCUUCCACCAGGCUAGCUGGGAUAUGCUUGUAUGUUGGCGGCGGUCAAAAUCAACUCUAGUUUGGAACCUUGUUCGACAUGUCGAUUUAUUAUAAUCUGGUUAAUUUGGCGUUUCUUCUCGGGCAAUUUGAUGCCUUAGGACGAAGAAAUCGCCAUUCUCUUCAAAGCUA